AUGUGGCUCAGGCGAAAGAUCCCGCCAUCUCAGUCGCUCGCGCAGCACGUCCAGCUAGUUCUGGGUCUUGGUAAAAAGCAAGCGAUGCGAAGCUUCCCACCGAAGCUCUGGCUCACGCCCAACGCAGCCCAGAUCGAGGAUCGACGCCUCUGCCUGGAGGAGUGGCUGAAAGCGUCGCUGAUCCAGGCCGGAAUCCGUAUCCAAUGCCUAUGA